AGGAGCCGAGAGUCCGGGUCUCCCCGGCCGGCCGGAGCUGCACAGCCCUCGCAGGAGCAGCCCGCCGCCCGCCCCGGCCAUGGGAGGCAGCAGCUGGAGGAGCCGGCCUGGGCCCAGUGCGGGGCAGCGAGGUGCAAAGCCCGGCAAUGUCACUAAAUGAGCCUUGCAUCAAAGACUUCUUCCUUUAAAUGAGAGGACCAGACAGGACGGUGUGAUGAACAUGCCACUGCAUCAGAUCUCUGUCAUUCCAGCUCGGGAUGUCACCUCUUCCAGAGUCUCUAGGAGUAAGACCAAAGAAAAAGAGAGAGAGGAACAGAAUGAGAAGGCUUUGGGACAUUCCGUGAGCCGUUCCAGUAACAUCUCAAAGGCUGGCAGUCCAACCUCCAUUUCUGCUCCUCAUAGCUUCUCUCGAACUUCUGUUACGCCAUCCAAUCAGGACAUCUGCAGUUCCAGUGCAGUAUUUUCUGAAUGUUGUCAUCACAGUCCAGUGCAGUCUGCUGUUGUCUUGAAAAAUCCUCACUGCCAGAAUUCUCUGACACAAGGGGUCACAGUGACAGUAAUCUGUCAGGACACGUUACAGGCAUCAAAGAGAAACUCCCAUGGGCAGGAUUGGGUCCAUGCGCUCGAGUCUGCUAAAAAUGCAAUAGCCACCCGAGCUCUUAAAUUCUCCAAGUCCCUCAACGACAUGGACCAGAAGGCACAGAGCACAACAGAGGGCUCUAACUAUGGGGAGCGAACGUGCUCUGAAAGCAAACUGACCCCGACACAGGAGCAGUGUUUAAGGAUUAACAGAUUUAAUCAGAAAGAGAAGAAAUCGCUCAAUCUCAGGCCUUCUUUUAGCAAUUCUAAACACUCUUACAUGCCAUCUCUUUCCACCACCUACUCGAGCGCUUUGGGAGCAGCUAAGAACCACCACGCGGUGCAUAUGCCUCUCCUGGAUGACAAGGUGGACAAUGAGACAUCAGCAAGAAGCAAAAAGCUGCUGCGCUACCUCUUUUCCUUCUCCCACAGCUCGAGUGCCAGCAGCCUGCAUAAGUUCCAUGAACUAGAGAGCUAUCCGAGCCACUUCCAAACUGCAAAAUCCUCCAGCGUGCUGGUGGAAAGCACAGGCUUCUGCUCUGAUGACAUGGGGGAUGAUGACGUAUUUGAGGACAGUGCCUCCGUGAGGUUGAAAUCAAAAGAGCUGCGGGCACCACUCUGUUCAGUUGAGAAAGACAGUGACUUGGACUGCCCUUCUCCCUUGUCAGAAAAAUUCCCCCCUCUUUCCCCUGUGUCCACGUCGGGAGAUGCCUGCAGGAUAUGUCACUGUGAAGGAGAUGAGGAGAGCCCCUUGAUUACCCCCUGUCACUGCACAGGAAGUCUUCAUUUUGUGCACCAAGCCUGCCUGCAGCAGUGGAUCAAGAGCUCAGACACCCGAUGUUGUGAACUCUGCAAGUAUGAGUUCAUCAUGGAGACCAAAUUAAAGCCCCUACGAAAGUGGGAGAAGUUGCAGAUGACGGCCAGUGAGAGGAGGAAGAUCAUGUGCUCUGUAACAUUCCAUAUCAUUGCCAUCACCUGCGUCGUGUGGUCUCUGUAUGUCCUUAUAGACAGGACUGCUGAAGAGAUUAAACAGGGACAGACUACUGGGAUUCUAGAGUGGCCAUUUUGGACUAAGCUGGUAGUUGUGGCUAUUGGCUUCACUGGAGGACUUCUAUUCAUGUAUGUCCAGUGCAAAGUGUAUGUACAGCUGUGGAAGAGACUUAAGGCUUAUAACCGAGUAAUAUAUGUACAGAACUGUCCAGAAACUAGCAAAAAGAGUCUCUUUGAGAAACCUGCAUUAAUGGAGCCAAACAUUGAAAAUAAAGAAAUGCUUGGGGUCCACCAUUCAGAUACAAACUCUUCACAUUACACGGAGCCUGAAGACUGUGGUGCAGAAAUCCUUCAUGUCUGAUCUUUGGGGGCCAGGGAACAGUGAGGUUUCUGUAUGUUCCUGAUGAUCAAAAGCAUCAUUCUUUACUGCAAACUGCUCUACCUUUUUAAAAUCAGCUAACAGCCUAGCACUGGCGGAUUCCUUU